GCGAGAGAGAGAGCGAGCGAGCGAGCGAGCGAGAGAGAGAGAGAGACAUAAAGGAAGAGAGACAGUGAAAGAGAAGGAGGAGUGACAGAAAGGGACAGAAAAGAAGGAGGAAAGUUGUUCAUUACUCAUUAAGCGGUGAGCCAAGUCGUUCUCAACUCGUUCUGCUUCGCAGUCUCUCUCUCUCUCUCACACACAACACGCACAUACAUACGUACGCGGCACCCACCGAAAAAGAAACGCAAAGCAGAAGUGGACCAGGACGCACGGGUUCAGGCUAUGGCUCAGGGCUCCGACAGCAAUGACGCAAGCUACAAGUCCCCGUCACCUGGAAGCAGGCCGAGCUCCUCAGACGACGCCAAGAAGGUGAUGCGGCGCGAGAAGAACCGGAUCGCGGCCCAGAAGAGCCGCAUGAGGCAGACGCAGAAGGCGGACAGCCUGCACCUGGAGAGCGAGAACCUGGAGAAGGAGAACGCGGCCCUGCGGAAGGAGGUGAAGCAGCUGACGGAGGAGGCCAAGUACCUGUCGUCGGUGCUGAGCAGCCACGAGCCCCUGUGCACCGGCCUGGCCCCCCAGACGCCCGACCUCCUCUACCCCCCCCACCACAGCAGCUACCACCACCAGCACAUCGCACACUACCAGCACUGACCUGACCCCCGACCCCCACCCGCCACCGCCGCCACCGCCACCACCGGCCGAAAGACGCGCCGCACAACAGAAGACUGACCUCAACGGGCAAAGACUGACUGGACGUGUGACUGUAAAUGUUGGUCAUUGUUGGAAACCGAUCCAGGACUCUCCACCAAAGUGACAGCGUGGAACAUACUGUGACAUCCCGACGUUUGAAACUAUUUAUUUCGCUUCUCGUCACUCCAUUCUCCUCGUGUUUCAUUUACACCGGUGAUCUGUUUGUGAACUUGAAGUGUCGAAUAUCAACCAGUCUGUGUUUACAAAAAAGAAAACAGUCUAUUGUAUGUUCAGGUGACGACCAUGUUUUUGUAAAUUGCUUAUUUCUUAGUGUGAUGAGGAGCAUCUCCUGCCACAUCGAUGGUCUCUUGUGGUGUUUUACGUUCAGGUGUGAACUCGCGCAUCAACAAUGCUCAGGAGCUCUCGACAGAUUUGAUUGUGGACAAGCAGAAUGUAAAGUACUCAAGAUCCUUAAACGGCUCACAAGCACCAAACGGAAGGAGCUCGGCGCGAGGAGCGCCGCGCUCAGACGGGUCUUGUUUUGAUGGUGAUGCUCAAAUGUGAGAAGACUGACCAGCAAAAAUAUUUAUUAAAUGUAAAGCCUUUAAGGUGA